AUGGCCAGUAAUCAUAAUGUAUGCACUGGAUAUGUUGAUGCUUUCAAGGCUUUUCUCGAUGAUGAAAACAUAGGCCUAGGCCUAGAUGAUGAGGAGGACUUUGGAGGGAAUUUUUAUGAGUUGUUAAAUGAUGAGGACAAGCUAACCCAGGAUGAUAGCGAUGGAAGUGGGAGUGACGAUGAAGUGCCUAGGCCUAGCAGUACUACUACUACCACCACCAGGGGAAGGCGUAACAGUAGAAGGUUGGCAUGGAAAGAGCAGGCGUAUGAUGAUGCUUGGUUGGGGAAAUUUAGCCCACGAACCGGGCCACUUGUACACGAUGUUGAAUCUUCUUUUUAUGAUAUUUUUCAUUAUUUUUUGGAUGAUGAAAUUCUAGAAUAUGUCACCGAGGAGACCAACAAAUAUGUUGCACAGCAAAUGUGCCUACUAGAACAAAUGCCUGAGCAUUCAGGUUUAAAAGAUUGGCGUGACACAAACGUAGGUGAAUUAAAAGCGUUUAUUGCUAUACUUCUAGGUAUUGGAAUGGAUAAGCGUGGUAGUUAUGACGCAUACUGGUCCAGUAACUGGUUCUUAGAGCGACCUGGAUUAAAAUCUGUGAUGUCCAAAAACAGAUUUUUGAUGCUCUUCAGAUUCCUGCACUUUGGAAAAAGGGAUAAUGUUUUACCAAGGGAUAACCCAAAUUUUGACCCGCUUUUGAAGAUCCGCCACUUCAUGGAACACAUAAUAAGCAAAUUUCAAACAGCAUUUUACCCAUCAAGAGAAGUGUUUGUGAAUAAACGCAUAAUUCCUUUCGAGGGUUGGACUGGAUUUUCGUCCAUGCACCAUUCAAAGAAGAGCCAUAAAACAAGAAUGAUGGCAUUGACAUUGGUUGAUGCAAACACAGGAUAUAUAUUCAACUCAUGUAUAUGUAGUGGGAUAGCGCUAAACAAUUCCACACAGGAGGUUGUUACUUCAUUGUGUCGUCCCUUGUUUGGAAAUCGACACCAUGUCUAUAUGGAUAACUAUUUUACGUCCCCUGCUUUAUUUUCUGUCUUGGCAGCCAACAAUUUAGGUGCUUGUGGGACACUUAAAACAAACAGAAUCGGAGUCCCAGAAGCAAUAAAGGAUGCAAAUCCUCAAGAAGGUAAACCAGCAGUGACGGAGAGGGACGGUAACUUGUUGUUUUUGGCAUGGAAGGAUAAAAGACAAGAGAGUUUCGUCCUUACCACAAUACACAAUUCUUCAACAUUUAUGAAAGUAAAGAAUGCACCCAACGGCAAGCGAGAGAUUACAAAACCAUGCGCAAUUGAAUUGUACACCCAGUACGUGGGAGGUGUCGAUCGUGUAGACAGAUUAAGAUGGACCUAUCUCCACAUUCAUAAAUCUUUGAAAUGGUGGAAAAAGCUUUUUUUGUACCUACUGGAGACAUGCUUUGUGAAUGCAUUAAUUGUAUACAGAUAUUUACAUCCCAAUAAAAAAACACUGUCGUAUAUAUUACGUCUUGAACUAAUAGAUUGCUUACUGGAAGGCUAUACACGCACCAACAGCAGGUUGGGCAGCAAAUGGUCUACUCCACCAAAGCGACUGACUGAGCGGCAUUUUCCGUCAAUCAACAUGGACAAAACAAAAGGAGGGAAGCAAAGCAAGCCAGAUUGUGUUGUCUGCUCCAACAGAGAUAUAAAACGGCAUCAAACGCAAUAUAAAUGUAGUGAGUGUCAGUUACCAAUGUGUGCCGCUCCAUGUUUUAUGCGAUUUCAUACACUGUCUGAUUACAAAGUAAACUGUUCAUGGGAAUAUCACAACUCAUAA